AUGAAGUCCGCCAUCCUCUCCACCCUCGUAGGUGCAGCUAUGCUCUUCCAGGCCUCCAUCGCCCACCCUGGCCAGAGCGCUGAAGAGAAUGCGCUGGAGAUCGCCGAGCGUAGGGCUUAUCUGGCCAACAACAAGCGCUCGUUGGCCCACUGCGCGGAGAAAUUGAAGGCUCGUGGAAAUGAUGCUGCGAUGCAUGCACGCAGGAGUGUUGCCGUGGAGAAGUUGAGGGCUAAACGAGCCAUUAGCCAAGCGAAACCUUACCUCCGAGUGCGAGACGUUGAUUCCGUCCUCGCCACCUCCCAUGCCUCCAACCUCACCGGAGUCACCGUAGACACCGACCCAUCUAUCCUCUUCGCAAGCAACAACUCCUGCAUAUUAACCCCCGAAGUAACCCAAGGCCCGUACUGGGUUCAGGGUGAACUUGUCCGCGAAAACGUCACCGAGAAUCAAGAAGGUGUGCACUUGACACUCGACAUCCAAAUCAUCGAUGUCACCACCUGCGAACCUGUGCCGCAGGCUUUCCUGGAGAUCUGGCACUGCAACUCCACGGGUGUGUACUCUGGUGUCGUUGCCAACGGCAACGGCAAUACGAACGAUACGACGAACCUGGACAACACCUUCCUUCGUGGUAUUCAGCAGUCUGACGAUGAUGGUGUUGUGGUGUUUGAUACGCUUUUCCCAGGCCACUACACCGGCCGCGCGCCGCAUAUUCACGUCAUGACCUCCCAGGACGCAACCGUAAACGCCAACGAAACCCUCUCCGGCGGUUCCGUCACCCACGUAGGACAAAUGUUCUUCGACCAGGACCUCAUUUCGCUCGUCGAACAGCAGGAACCGUACGCCAGCAAUACACAAGAGCUCACCACCAACGCCGAAGAUUCCAUCCUUGCCGAAGAAGCUGCGACCGUGGACCCACUCAUCGAGUACGUUCUCCUGGGUGAUGAUGUGUCUGAAGGUCUCUUCGGAUGGCUAUCAUUUGGAAUGGACACGUCGAAUUCGUUCAAUAUUACGCCUGCUGCGUAUCUCACUGAGAAUGGUGGUGUUGCAAAUGCGAACGCUGGUGGCGGUAUGGGCGGUGGCCCCCCUAGUGGCUCCGGUGGCCCACCGUCUGGUGUUAGGCCAACUGGCUCUGGAAUACCGACCGGUGCGGUCGCCGCUGCCAGUACUGGCUUGAGCACUGUUGUCAUCUCUUCGACGCCUUCUGUUGCAAGUGAGGUUGCCUCGAUUGCUUCAGCUUCUGUUGCCAGUGAGAUUGCUUCGAGUGCUUCAACUUCCGGUACCCAGUCUUACAAGGCAGCAAAAUCUAACGCUCCUCAACACGGCAAUGGAAGUCCUGCAAAGGGCCAUGGUCAAGGCUCACAGCGAAAUGGCAAGCAGCAGCAGCAUCAGCAGCAUCAGCAGGGGCCUCCUCAGUAG